AGCCGCCGCCGGCCAAUGGGGAAGCGGCUCGCGCUCGCCGCGCCUCGUUCCCGCCCUCACUUCCACUUCCGGCGGCGGAGGGGGGCGGGCGUGCGGCGGCCGGAGCGGAGCCGACGUGUCGCAGCAGGGACCGGCGACAUGGAGCUGGAGGCGAUGAGCAGAUACACGAGCCCGGUGAACCCGGCCGUGUUCCCGCACCUCACCGUGGUGCUGCUGGUCAUCGGCAUGUUCUUCACUGCCUGGUUCUUCGUCUACGAGGUGACAUCCACCAAGUACACCCGGGACAUCUACAAGGAGCUGCUGAUCUCGCUGGUGGCCUCACUCUUCAUGGGCUUCGGCGUCCUGUUCCUGCUGCUCUGGGUCGGGAUCUACGUCUGAGCCCCCCUGGGAGCUGGGUGGGGGAUUCGGGAAAGCUCUUUUUAUAUUUCUUUUGUAUUUCAAGGAGAAAAUGCCUGGUGCAGGUGUGGUCUGCGACAGGCAGUGACCCACAGGUGAAUAAAAGUGGCUCUGUGAUA